UCAGCCCCGAUCAAUGAAAGCUAGAAUGUCUCUGGUCUUUACCAAUACAUGAAGAACACCGUUGUACGCGACCUACAACACAACACGCAGAUACCAUGGGCAGGCAAAUCACUAUCUUCUCUUCCACACCUCGCGCCCGAGGUGAUCGCCGUAGGCUGUGAAUAUUACGCGGUCUCCGGCCACGACUUGGCCAGCCCUACUGGUUCCUGUGGGUGUAGCAACCACUGUGCCUGUCACUGGCGCGUUGUUCUUCUGCAUCUGAGGGAAAAAAUUGCGAAUAGCAUAGUAUCCUUUGCUCUCUUCUCCUCACCUCCUUCGGCAACAGGACGCACGGCGGGUGAGACCAU